AAACGAGCAGACGGAUCACCUGAUGUUGCCGAUACUCAACAAUAUGGUAGCAGUCAAUUUGUUAAGGUAUUAGACCAAUUGAAUAAGCGGUGCACAUUCAUAGUAGAUAUAGCAUCUAGCGUAGUGUGGAUAUUCAGUGGGCCGCCGGUCGCAAACGUGUGCGGUACGCAGUGACCCGAACCGGCGAACACCUGUUCCAACUUAACAAAAUGGCGUUGUAUCUAAUUUGCUUUUUGGCGGUAAUAUGCAGUUUGCUACAACAAGGGUUAGCAAUCACCUGCUACCAGUGCAACAGUCAUAAUGACUCGCGAUGUCUGAUGACUAAGCUGCCAGACUCCCUGCGACUGCCAUGCGGGCCCAAGGACACGAUGUGCAGGAAAAUCUCGCAGGUCGUGGAGUUUGAGAUGAACGGCAUGCCACCAGACAGCCGCGUCAUUCGAGGAUGUGGGUGGGAUGAGAGCAGUUAUAAGGGCCGUUGCUACCAGCGCUCAGGUUUCGGAGGCCGGCAAGAAGUCUGCUCGUGUCUGGAGGACGGCUGCAACUCCGCCUCCAUCCCCGUCGGCGCCACCGCCCUCAUGCUCAUCACCUUCGCAAUCCUCAGGUUCUAGUUGGAACACAUUCGCCAACUGCUCAUUAGCAUCAGUUUCACAAUGUAGAAAUUCCCGUAGGAGAUAUCAUGAAGUAUGGAAGAUCGCAGAACAUAGCAAUUAAAAAGCUUGUCUUAAACACCCACUGCCAGUACAUGAAUUUUUGAGACCAAAGAUCCAACAAAAUCUAACAACCUUUGUAGCAAAUA